AACAUUUGGUAUCAAAGCUAAGUGUUGAACAUCCCCAAGGGCCACUCACCAUCACUCCCUUUCCUCUUCCCAAAAAAAACCCCCAAAGCCAAACUAAACGACCUUCCUUACCUUUUCCCACUUCAACCAUGUCGAAUGAAUCCCGAACUAUGUCCCAUGAAGAGCUCAUUGCCUCAAAUACAGCCUUGAAGGCACAAGUGGAGUACUUGGCUAAAGAGGUAGCCAAGCUUACGAAGAUCAAACUCAACGAGCUCCAAGGAAGUGACCGUGAAGAAGAUGUUAGUUCUAGUGGAACCAUGAAGCCUAAAGCCACUGAAGGUUCUGACUUCAAAGUUGACAUUCCAACUUUUGAAGGGAAGAAUGACCCGGACGAGUUCCUCGAGUGGCUAGAAACAGUGGAACGUGUCUUUGACUUCGAAGAUGUUUCCGAUGAAAAGAAGGUCAAGAUAGUGGCCUUAAAGUUCCGGAAGUAUGCAUCAACUUGGUGGACUAAUACGUGCACCAAGAGGAGAAGAAAUGACAAAGAACUGGUGUCCACGUGGGCAAAAAUGAGGUCCCUUCUAAAAAAGAAGUUUUUACCCGCCGAAUAUGUUCGUGAGAAUUUUGCUAAGCUUCAAACGCUUAGGCAAGUCAAGGAGGAAACAAAUAUGGAUGCAGGUGACCUCCUCCACAAGCUUGGGAAGAAAAGGAAACAAGGUGCUCCCAUUUUGGGAUCGAAACAACCUUCUUUAGGUCGUGAAGAGCCUUCCACGAGCAACCAAGUUGUGGUUGCCAAUCAGGAGGUUGAGGGGUCGUCCGUUGAGCCCGAACGUUCUGCCCACACUUUCCUCAAGACUAAGGAGACUGUGGCUGCCUCUCCUUCCACCAAAGAGAGGCCUAAGGGUGGUCCUCUUGAAAAGCCAUCUUCUCCAGCAUGUCCUCCUCCCACGUCAACCAUCAAUUUUAAGACGAGGAUCAAGACAGUCCAGUUACACAUUCCUCCCAACAAGUCUUUGAAGGGUUUCCUCGAGCUGAUCGAGCUUUCCCCUUGGACGACUGUCCAUCAGUUGAGUUUGGAAAAGGAGAAAGAGUUGUUUGCUAUUGAGAACAGGAACUCAGAGAGGCUGCCAACCACUAUGCCAACCAAUAUCUCGAAGAAAGCCAACGAAACAUGACCUCCUAGACCGUAUCACCUAGCAGGAAAAGAAAUGCACCAAACUAGCGGGAGAAAAUCUUUAUUGUCUGCUAAGAUUUCUUUCUUGGAUGAGGCGAGGUGCAACUUGUCCACCUGGGUAGGUGUAGUGGAAACAAAGAAGAAAGAGCCGGUUCUGUAACGCCCCAAAACAUACCCUAGAAUUAUUAUUGAAUUAUUAUUCAAUUAAUCAACAUUGUUUUGAUUA